AUGGUGGUCCUGAAAGGCGUCCCACCGCUGCUGUCCCGAGAGCUGCUCUACGCCCUGGCGCGGAUGGGGCCGGGAGACGAGACCAUCCUUGCAGAUGCCAACUUCCGCACCUCUUCCUUGUGCCAGUGUGGCCCCACGGAGAUCUGCGCUGAUGGCCUGGGUAUCCCACAGCUCCUGGAAGUUGUUGUGAAGCUACUGCUGCUGGACAGCUACAUGGAGAGUCCGGCUGCCAUCAUGGAGCUGGUGCCCAGCAACCAGACCAGGGGCCUUCAGAUCCCACUGUGGAGACACUACAAGUACCACCUCCCCCAGGCAGGCUGCACGAAUUCGCUGGAGAAGUUUGAACGGUUUGCGUUUUAUGAGCGGUCCAAAAAGGCCGUUGCGGUGGUAGCAACCCGUCGAAUGGCCCUCUGUGGAAAUGUCAACCUAAAGAAGGGGGUGCUUGCCCCCGACGACCUGCUCCAGGCCUUGGAAAGCCUGCCCUGUGACCCGAAGAGGGGUCGAGAGGAUCCUGAAACCCGACAGCGCUGCCCAGCAGUCCCUCACAGACACCAACAGGCCCAGCCCAGCGUCCACAACAUGCCAGGGAAUCUGGGGGUUGGUGCAUCUGGGGGGCUUCUGCCACUCGGCCUAGGGAGCCUUCUGAUUUAUGGAAAAGAUAGAUGUGUGGUGGUCUCUCAAUAUGCAGUGGGAAGGGCUUAAACCACAGUUUUAUUCUUAUCGUAAAGACUCAUUUCAUGGUUGUCCCAGGGGAGGUCACCAGCUCCCCAGAGAUGCCGGAGCACCCACCCAAGCACGUGGACUUGGGGAGUCAUGAGUGCUAUGUCUGUGUGCACGUCUUCCCCCGCCCCGCAGCUGGUGAGCACCUUCUGCACAUCACUGCUGCUGAGCCCCGGGCUGCAUCAAACAGGGCUUGGCUGCCCCCUCAUGGAGCAGUCCUGGAGGACAGAGGGGAGCAGCAAGAGGAUGCUCCCAAGCAGAGGGCCCAAACUCAGGGCGUGGAUUCAUGGGCAGCUUGAUGCCUGGCCUGGAUCCCACGAUGGGGAGGAAUUCCCCCGGGGCACUCUCCCGGAUCCUAAGCUGCUCCCCAAGGGCCCACUCACUACCCCAAAACCUCCCAACAGCCACACCUGCGGGAGGAGAUGGGGCUGAGGUCCCAGGUGGGAGCUGGGGAGACAGGGCUCCCUGGUAGCAGAGGAGCCACAACCACCAGUGUCUCUGCCCACCCUCCCUUCGCCCAGGGCCUAGAUGAGAUCUUCCCAGGGUGACCUGGGAGCUGGUGGUCCUGAGGCUCCGAGGAGGUGGCACCCUGGACACACAGACCUGCACUUCCAGGGAAGGAGGGGGA